CGGGACCUCCGGACGCGGAGAACUACACUUCCCAGCAGCGCCGUGGCAAGCGGGGAGAGGGAGUUUGCGUCACGUGGGCGCGCGGCCUGGGCGGGCUAAUUCUCAGUACGGCGGCGGCGGCGGCGGCGGCUCGGGGGACCGGGGCCUUUUGUUCGGAGCGGCUGUGGGGGGCCCCGGAGCGGCGAAGCCGGCGGCCUUCCCCAGCUCGCUCGGUCCCGGCCUCCCCUCGAGGGGGUGGGGGCCACCCCCUGGGCCGGGCGUCGCCUCGGGCGCCGCCGCCCCGCCCUAGGCCCGCCCCGCCCGGGUUGAGGGGAGGAACUGGCCGGGCCUCGCCGCGCGGCCCAGCCACCUCUGGAGUCGCCGCCACUCCUUCUCUAGCUCGGCGCUCCAGGCUGCCGCUCGCCCCUCAGGCCGACGCCAUGAAGAUCAAGGAUGCCAAGAAACCCUCUUUCCCAUGGUUUGGCAUGGACAUUGGGGGAACACUAGUAAAACUCUCCUAUUUUGAACCUAUCGACAUCACAGCAGAAGAGGAACAAGAAGAGGUUGAGAGCUUAAAGAGUAUUCGGAAGUACUUGACAUCUAAUGUGGCAUAUGGAUCCACCGGCAUUCGGGAUGUGCACCUUGAGCUGAAGGACUUGACGCUCUUUGGCCGAAGAGGGAACUUGCACUUUAUCAGAUUUCCAACCCAGGACCUGCCUACCUUCAUCCAAAUGGGAAGAGACAAAAACUUCUCAACAUUACAAACGGUGCUAUGUGCUACAGGAGGCGGUGCUUACAAGUUUGAAAAAGAUUUUCGUACUAUUGGAAACCUCCACCUACACAAACUGGAUGAACUUGACUGCCUUGUAAAGGGCUUGCUGUACAUAGAUUCUGUCAGUUUCAAUGGGCAAGCAGAGUGCUAUUAUUUUGCUAAUGCCUCAGAACCUGAGCGGUGCCAAAAGAUGCCUUUUAACCUGGAUGAUCCCUACCCUCUGCUAGUAGUGAACAUCGGCUCAGGAGUCAGUGUUCUAGCAGUCCAUUCCAAAGACAACUACAAACGAGUGACUGGGACAAGCCUCGGAGGGGGGACCUUUCUGGGCUUGUGCAGUUUACUGACUGGCUGCGAAAGUUUUGAAGAGGCUCUGGAAAUGGCAUCCAAAGGCGACAGCACCCAAGCUGACAAGUUGGUCCGAGACAUUUAUGGAGGGGAUUAUGAAAGAUUUGGCCUGCCAGGUUGGGCAGUGGCAUCCAGCUUUGGGAAUAUGAUUUACAAGGAGAAGCGAGAGGCUGUUAGUAAAGAAGAUCUGGCACGAGCCACCUUAGUCACCAUCACCAAUAACAUUGGCUCUGUGGCACGGAUGUGUGCUGUUAAUGAGAAAAUAAACAGAGUUGUCUUUGUUGGAAACUUCUUACGUGUCAAUACUCUCUCAAUGAAACUUUUGGCAUAUGCACUGGAUUAUUGGUCGAAAGGUCAAUUGAAAGCACUGUUUCUAGAACAUGAGGGGUACUUUGGAGCAGUUGGUGCGCUUCUUGGACUGCCAAAUUUCAGCUAAUGCACUGGAGAUCUCUGUUGGGAAAUGUCACCCAAGAGGAACUGGAGCCAGAAGCAUCAUCAGUGCAUUGUCUGUCACUGGGAACCAAAGGAUAAAAGAGUAACACUAUUGCUGUUGAUCUUAAAUGUUAGGAUGGUAAGCUCGAGAGUUCUGUAAUGUGAAGGAUUUCUCGCUGAUAUAUUUUCCCUUAUGUAUAUAGCCAGUGUUCAAUCUUCAAAUGCAAUACAGCCUCUGAUAUUGAGCUUCCUCUCAAAAAAAUUUUCUAUUUAUUUUAUGUAGCCAACAUUGUAGUACUGUACACAACGCAAAUCUUAAAAGUCUCAGAGACAUUUUGAUUCAGAAGAGCAGUUGAUUCUGAGUGUCCCUUACAAGUCUUGUUUUAUGUGUGUCUUGGUUACUAGUGAACAGAAAGAAACAUACCCUGUGUCAGAACUUAUUGUGAUCAAAGAUCGUUUUCUGUGAUUUUAGAAAUGCUUCAGCAGUAGUUAUGUACUAAUUAUGGCAGUUUUGUAUCAUAUCCUCCUCAACAAGCAUGUUUAUGCACUCCUCCCCUGCAAGUACAACAUAUUUCCGUGCUCUUCCUGGAAGUAGCACUCUUCUCAAAUGCCAUGGUGAUCUACUUGAAGCACUGUUGUUAGUCGUGACUGAAUGUCAGCAGUGUCCUGGAAACGCACAGGUGGUGACAUGGCACCUUCUCUCACUUCUUGGAGUCUCUAAUGAGGCCCAUGGACUAUUCGAGUGGAGCGUAGCCGGCCGUUUAGUUCUGUGUUCUGUGCUCUUCACCACAUUUAUCUCAGGCUACAGCACACACGUUUUUUCCUUGUUACCCCAACCGUGAAAAGUUAAGGAUUUCCGUUCUGAACAGCAGCAGAAUCACAUUUGUUGUGAAUGGCUGAUUGGAACUUUGUGGGAAUCUGAGGCAGUAUUGCAGAAUUAUAAAAGGAUCAGUGUUUCAGACAUUCUGGUAAUAAAUGCAUUACAGUUCCAAAAUAUGUAAUUCCUUUUGCCUUGGAAUUCUUGUUUUGAAUUCAAUUUUAUAAUGUUACAGAAAUUUUCAGAAUUUGAUGUUGAUGGUAACAUUUGAGGUCCUCAGUUCCAGGAAGUUGUUUAAGUGUGAGGGAGAUUCACCUCUACAUAUUACCAGUAAGUCUCGAUGUACUUCCAAAGUUUGCAAAUUGUCUACAUUUCAAAACAAGUGUUACCUGUGGCUUUUGUUUGCUUUUCUGAUGCUGGGGCCUGAACUUGGGGCCUUGUCCUUGCUAUGCCUCAGCCCAUUUUGCUUUAUUUUUUUGGUUGGGGUCUCUCCUUUUUGCCUAGGACUGGCCUUAGACUGGGAUCCUUCUGCCUAUCCCAUUCACACAGCCAAGAUGACAGGAAUGCUCCACUAUGCCCAGCUUGUUCUUUGAGAUGGACUCACGCUAACUUUUUUUGCCCAAGUAGCUGGGAUUAUAGAUGUGAACCACCAUACACAGCCACUGUUACUCAGUAGAAAGCAGUUCUCAAUAGAUUGUCAAGACUUGAUAAAGACAUUUCUCUGUCUAGUUCACGAAUUUUGUGCCCAAGUGUUUAAAAUUCAAUUUUCUUUAUCUAAAAUAAAGAUAAGAACAUGUGAGUAAGAGUGUCAGGUAGCAUAUGAAGGCAAUGUGUAAUUUAGACAGAUUGCUGGAUUCAGGUCACUUGGCACCAUUUUAAAAACCUAAAGCAACUUCAUUCUUGCUUAGUGUUCCAUGGCUGGCAACUGUAGCUGAAAUGCCCUUGGUUCCAUCUAUAUAGAAACUAAAAGUUUUAUCCCUGUGGUAAAAGCCUUACAUUAGCAGCUGUAGGUAUGGGCUAGUCUGAGAAAGAAAUGAAUGGUCAAAUAUUUAAGCUAAUUUCAUCACUAUACUUUGGUUAAUAUGGACCCAUGAUUCAUAAAUUUUACCCUUUGAAACUGAAGUUACCUGCAAAAACACAUGUAAAGUGGACAGCUGUCUCACCACUGUUGCUCUUAGCUUUUGCCAUGUGUAAUCUAGAAUUGAUCAGUAAGAACACAGUUAAUGAAGGCCGCUGCAAUUGUAAGUUUUUAAAAUUUUGAUCUCAAGAAAUUCCCUAUAAGAAUGCUCUAGUAAAUUGGUUGGUCCCAACAUCAGUCGGUCAGUCAGUUCCCAAAGUGUCUUUAAUGCCUGUGUUCCUGACAGUGUCCUCUGGUAGGAAGACAGCGUAACCACAUGUACUUUUACGGUUUCUAGUGAUCACAUUGGAAAGUAACACGGAAUAGGUGAGAAUCAUUGUAGUUACAAGUAUCCAGUGUGCCAUUUCAAUAUCUAAUCAAUACAAAAACAAACUUUUAGGAGAAAUUUUACUUUUUUUUCCUUUUAUUCCUUAGUCAAAACCAGUGUAUAUUUUACACUUCUAGCCCCACAGUUCAAAUGCUCAGUGACUGCUCUUAUCAGUGCACUUUUAAACUACCUCUUAAUCGAGCACUGUGCUGCAUCCAUGAAUACUUCUAAAUGUGGGCUUCUUUAUGAAUGUUUGAAAAGAAAAAAAUACGAACCUUAUUUUUUAAAAAAUAAAGAGGGAUGAGAAAUAGGUUAUUUGGGCUGGUUUAUUUACACAGUCAGGCUACUUCUGACCAUUUCACAAAUGCCUUAUAUUGGCAUGCAGUCCCCUCUGUUGCAGGGUCUGUGACUUACAGUGACACUGGUAAAGUUGCCCAGGACACAUGUCCUGAAGUUUCCCAGCAGUCUCCAGCAUGGGUAUCUCCUUCACUGAAGCAAGGUUGUUGAUUCAAGGGACUUCGUUUCUAAAGCUAACUGAGCUUUGCACAGCCAGCUUCAGAGGACUGAAAAGAAACUUUUUAAUUCAUUGACUUUUAUACACACAAGAAUCUUCUUUGUAGUUUUUGGAUUUAAUUGUCAUUCUUAAAAGUUCCAAUAGCUUUUUCAAGUUGCUAAGAGCCCUCUGUCCACUUGCCUCGGGGCUUGGUAAAGAACAGCAAGUCUAGAACUUGUCACUUCCUCACAGAAACCGCCUUUUAACUGGAGGCUUCAAACUACAUACAGUUCAGUUCUCUGCCUGGACCUCUCCAAAGACAGAGUGACAGUAGACCUACCUGUGAGGUAGGGCAUUUCCUUGCUCAGCUGCCCAAAGUAGGUGGACUCUUAGUUUGGGUAAAGUCAGUGCCAUUGCCAGUAAUACACAAAACAGUCAUUGAAAGCCCAUUAAGAAGUCCUCAAAUAAUUUGCAAAUAGUAGACUCUUCAAAAAUUCCUGAGUUAUUUUUGCCUUGACAUGUGGUGUUAUUGCUGCAUUUUAAGUACCCGGUCCUGUGAGCAGAAUGGGGGUAGUUCAGUGUAAAACUCCUUUUCUCCAGUGGUGUGCUUACCUUCAAAGAGGAGGCCACUGUGGCUCACCUUGAUUUUUUAAGUCACAUUCUUGGGUAGAAAGCUUAGCUAGGCCACAGUUUAAAUGUCCUUUAUAACCACUCUGCCUGUUCUAAGCAUCAUUUGUUCAUGCUUGGGUUA